AAAAACAAUUCUUUGACAGUAAUAAAGAGAAUGUUUCCCAUUCCAUAUUUUAAAUAAUUUGUUAACAUUGCCCAUUCGGCAUACAUGGAUAUCCUAAGAAAUGGCGGAUUUGGCAGAAUUAAAGCGCCACGUUGUUUUAGAACGAAAAGAAACUACUACACAGCGUAAGCGGAGAUUAGAGAAAUGCAGAAAAAAGCGGCAAGAAAAGCUAGCCAUCGAAACAGAAGAGGAAAAACAGUUACGUUUAGAAAGACGUAGAGAACGAUAUCAAAAUGAAACUCAAGAGCAACGUGAAAAACGAUUGAGCGCUGAUCGUGAACGUAAAAUAAAAGCACGACAGAAACAAGAAAGUGACCACUCUCCGCAAUCACAAGCAUUAAAGCAAAUGGUAUUAAGUUUUAGGGUGUCUGAACUACAUGUUUUAUUAGGAUUUGCGGGCAGAAAUAAAAGUGGUAGAAAGCAAGAGCUCACACAAAGAGCUAUUGCCUUGGUAGAAAAAGGUUGCUCCUUACCUGUGCAAAUAAAAAUAAGAGAAAUGUAUCGAAACAGAAUUAAGGAACCAGGAAUGUCUCAGCCACAUAAAGAUAUAAACAUGCCAGUAAUGCACAGGCAUCCUGGUACCCAUUUGGACUUUGGUGGGCUCAAGGACUUCAAUGGAGACUACCCAUACCGAGUAAAAAUGUCAAAUCAAGAAUUGAAACCUGGAAGCACAGGUAUGGGGGGCUAUCCUUCAGAUGGUCCAGUUGGGUUGGAUUAUGCAGCGCCCAUGAGAUCCAUUAUGCCUCAACCACCAAUUCCAGUUAACCCAGAUGUCAAAUUGAAACAUUUACCUUUUUAUGAUGUUCUUGGGGAGCUCAUGAAGCCUUCAAGCCUCAUACCAAAAAACAGUGGAAGGUUGCAGGAGACUCUGUUUGUGUUUCAUUUAACUCCACAGCAAGCACAGGAUAUCACAAUGUCAAGAGAUUUUCGACCAGGGGCCAAGUGUGAGUAUACUGUUCAAGUACAAUUAAGAUUCUGUCUUUUAGAGACGAGUUGUGAACAGGCAGAUACUUUUCCUUCACAAAUUCAAGUCAGGGUGAAUAACAAGCCAGCAACAUUACCGCCCAAACCAAUGCCCCUUCAUAACAAAGCCCCACCCAAAGUGUAUGGAGCUCCUGUAGAUAUAUCUCAUUUAUGCAAGUUAAGUCCCACCAUAGCAAACACCAUCUGUGUCUCAUGGUUCCCUGAGCAGCACUCGAGCUUCUGUAUGGCUGUGUAUUUGGUUAAAAAGUUAACUUCAGAUAUUCUUCUUUCACGUCUUAAGCAGUUUGGAAAUCGCCAUUCUGAUCACACAAAGGCUUUAAUUAAAGAGAAGUUAGCUCAGGACCCAGACAGUGAAAUAGCCACUACAAGUUUGCGUGUCUCUCUAAUGUGCCCUCUUGGAAAGAUGCGAAUGCAAAUACCUUGUAGGGCUAGCACUUGCACACAUCUUCAAUGUUUUGAUGCCUCAACAUUCCUUAUGAUGAAUGAGAGGAAGCCUACUUGGAUGUGCCCAGUUUGUGAUCGUCCCUGUCCAUAUGAUAAACUAAUCAUUGAUGGGUAUUUUGUUGAGAUAUUUAAACAGUCCCCAUCCUGCACUGAUAUCAUUUUCCAUGAAGAUGGAAGCUGGUCACCAAUGAAACCACAGAAAGAAUCUCCUAACCAAGUAAUACUCACGCCAAGUUCAAAAGCAUCACCAACAACCUCUCAGUCGUCUGCAUCCUCAUUACCAUCAACACUUUCUUUCUCUACACCAGCAGUGAUGACGACAGCGACUACUGCUACACCAACAACUAAACCUCCUGAGGCAAAAGGACCUGUAAUAGACUUGACGUUAGACAGUUCUGAUGAAGAUGAUGAUGCUGUAAUACCUAGUGAUCCCAUCAGUGUCAGCCCUCCACCUGUGAUUAACUUGGAUACACCCUCACCUGCUCCUCUACCUACUAUGCCUGGUUCGCCAACAGUCAUUCUCUCCAGUUCCCAGUCUUCAUCUCCAUCUCCUGCAGUUGCUAGUCAUGCACCGUUUCCAUCAAGUACAAGUUAUAAUGGACCUGCCUCUCAUUCAUCAAAUCACAGUAGAGAGAGUCCUUCAUUAGGUUCUUUGGAUAGCAUCCAUCAGUCCACCCCUAGUCUUGCCAGGACAUCUCCAUCCAGUUCCCUUCAAGCUCAAGCUUUAAAUCUAGAGGCUAUGUCAGAUGCAGAUUUUGAUGAAUUUCUUAAAGGUUUAUCUUGGGGAGUAUAAUAUAUCAAUAAUAUAUCAAACAGGUAAAAGUUUUUUUCAAUUGUCUAAGUAGGCAAUGAAAGGUUUUCUAAUGCUAUAUGUAAGGAAAAAUUUAUUUCAGGUGGAUAAAGCAAAAAAAAAAAGAAAAUGUAUUGGAAAUUUAAAUACUUAUAAGACCACUUGGAAAACCACUGUACAUUUCUUUUCAUUCAAAUAUUCUUUUUAUGAAUGCAUUCUAAAUUAACAUCAGACUAAACUGGUAUAGCCUGUAACUUAUUUAAUAUAAUCAAAUAUUUGUAAAAAUAUACAUAUUCAUGUUGUUUAGUACAUGUUGCUUACUCUGAGCUGUGUGUAUUUACAGUCCAAACUUGCUGAGCUGUAACUGCAAGGCUACAAAAAAAUAAAAUGACAGUGAAGUGUUACAUACUUGUAUUUAAAUCUUGUCUUAUUUAUUUUUUCAUUCUGUUUUUAUUAAAAAGUUUUGUUUUUCCAAGUGUCCUGAUUAAAUAAUUAAUAGAAUUUUGAAAUAUCUACUUGUAUUUUUUUUUUUUUUUUUUUUUGCUAAGCAAAAAAACAAAUGAAAAAGCCAACUCAUGAAAUAAUGACAGUAUAUUUUUUUUAUGUGGGUUGUGAUCAUUACAAGAUGGAAACAUUCUAACAAUGAGCAUGAUAAAAUCAGCAUGUAACAUUUUGGCAGACAGAAAUUUGAAAUGUCUUAUUACCCUACUUUUUGUUGGUGAAAUGUGUCCUACUGAACAUCAUGAUAAAUCCAGAUUUUAACAAUCUAUUUUCAAAAAUAUUCUGUUUUAAUAGAUUUUAAUUAAGUUUUGACUGAUUGUUUUUAUGAUGAUAACUUUGACAAUUUAAAACAAAAAUACAGUACAUUACAGAAAACAUGUGUGUCAUGUCAUAGAGUAAACAAAAUUGGAUGAAUAAACUAUUAGUUUAUUUGAA